AUGAAGAUGACAGAUGGCGGUGGUUACAGAGCGAGCCCGGCGGUGCUAGCACAGAUAGUGGUGCACGUGUCCGAGUGGCUGCCGGACAUAGACGACCGCUGCGCCCUGCUGCAGUCCAUGGGUCGAGACCUGGCCGGCAGCGACGUGGCCACCGCCGUGUGCCAGAUACGUAGAGCGGAACUGCUGCUGCAGCAGGAAAACCAGAAGGGGGAGGAGCAGCAGGGCGCCGCUGCCGUGGACGCCGCACUGCCGCUGCUGGUGGAGGUGGAGGAACGGCUUGUGGAGACUGCUGAGGUGGUCCCCCAGGAAGUGUCCGCCUCCUGCUACCGCCUGCUGGCGCAGUGCUACUCCACCAAGAAAGACCUGACUCGCUACCAGGACGCCGCGCUCAAGCAACGGCUGCGGCCGGUGCUGUGGGCGCUGGAGGAGUCGCCCAGCCGGGGUUGGCUGCCCGCGCUGCUGGAGGCCACGGACGACGGCGACGUGGAGGCGGUGCGCGCCGCGGGGCCCCUGCUGCAGCGCGAGCCGCGGCUGGAACACAGGCAGCAGCUGCUGGAGGAGAAGGCCGCCACCAGGGCGCUACAGGCGGUGUGCCGAUCGCAGCGCCACCUCUCCAUGGAGAGAGCGGCGGCGGCCACCCACCUGUCUGAGGACGAGGCAGAGCAGCUGGUGCUGCGGGCGCUCGCCAGGGGCGCCAUCGACGGCCACGUCGACAGGUCCACCCUCAUCGUGGAGCGCGUGCGGCCCAGUCCCGUCGGCGUACUACAGCUGCUCCCUGACAUCAAAAAACUGGACAAGUGGAUCGAAAACAUCUCCGAGCAGGACACCAGGUUCGCCGGCCAAAUGGAAAGCAUCAUUUCUCUGUAA